GCGGCCAGCGGCGAGCCGCACACAGCCACCCGUCCUCCUCCCCUCCUCUCUCCUCCUCCCCAUCUCUAGUUUCCUCGGUCUCGCCCGGCAGGCAGAGGCGAGCGGCCGGCGGGGCUGCAGGCCCACCGACCCCAUCCCCGGCAGCAUGAGCUCCUUCGGCUACGAGCCCUACUACGCCACGGCGUACAAGCGGCGCUAUGCCAGCACCGCCGAGAGCCCGCGAGUGCACAUCUCUUCGGUGCGCAGCGGCUACAGCGGCACGGCGCGCUCGGCCUACUCGAGCUACUCGGCUCCCGGCUCGUCAGCGGCGCUCUCCGUCCGCCGCAGCUACUCUUCCAGCUCCGCGUCGCUACUGCACAGCCUGGAGAGCCUGGAUCUGAGCCAGGUGGCCGCCAUCAGCAACGACCUCAAGUCCAUCCGCACGCAGGAGAAGGCUCAGCUGCAGGACCUCAACGACCGCUUCGCCAGCUUCAUUGAGCGCGUGCACGAACUAGAGCAGCAGAACAAGGUGCUGGAGGCCGAGCUGCUGGUGCUGCGGCAGAAGCACGCCGAGCCGUCGCGCUUCCGCGCGCUCUAUGAGCAGGAGAUCCGUGACCUGCGGCUCGCCGUCGAGGACGCGAGCGCCGAGAAGCAGGCGCUGCAGGGCGAGCGCGAUGGCCUGGAGGAGACCCUGCGCGCGCUGCAGGCGCGCUACGAGGAGGAGGUGCUGAGCCGCGAGGACGCCGAGGGGCGCCUGAUAGAAGCGCGCAAGGGCGCCGACGAGGCGGCCCUGGCCCGCGCCGAGCUCGAGAAGCGCAUCGACAGCCUGCUCGACGAGAUCGCCUUCCUCAAGAAGGUGCACGAGGAAGAGAUCGCCGAGCUGCAGGCGCAGAUCCAGUACGCUCAGAUCUCCGUGGAGAUGGACGUGUCCGCCAAGCCCGACCUGUCCGCUGCGCUCAAGGACAUCCGCUCGCAGUACGAGAAGCUGGCGGCCAAGAACAUGCAGAACGCCGAGGAGUGGUUCAAGAGCCGCUUCACCGUGCUCACCGAGAGCGCCGCCAAGAACACCGAUGCCGUUCGCGCCGCCAAGGAUGAAGUGUCCGAGAGCCGCCGCCUGCUCAAGGCCAAGACCCUGGAGAUCGAGGCGUGCCGCGGCAUGAAUGAGGCCCUCGAGAAGCAGCUGCAGGAGCUGGAGGACAAGCAGAACGCCGACAUCAACGCCCUUCAGGAUACAAUUAACAAACUGGAAAAUGAAUUGAGAACAACCAAGAGCGAGAUGGCUCGAUAUUUGAAAGAAUACCAAGAUCUGCUCAACGUUAAGAUGGCUUUGGAUAUUGAAAUUGCAGCCUACAGGAAAUUAUUGGAAGGUGAAGAGACCCGCCUGAGCUUCACCAGUGUUGGAAGCCUAACGAGUGGCUACUCCCAGAGCUCCCAGGUCUUUGGGCGCUCUGCCUACAGUGGUCUGCAGAGCAGCUCAUACUUGAUGUCUGCCCGUGCCUUCCCCUCAUACUACACUAGUCAUGUCCAAGAGGAACAGAUUGAGGUGGAAGAGACCAUUGAGGCAACCAAGGCAGAAGAAGCCAAAGAUGAGCCCCCCUCUGAAGGAGAAGGGGAGGCUGAGGAAGAGGAGAAGGAGGAGGGAGAAGAAGAGGAAGGAGGUGAAGAGGAAGAAGGUGCCAAGGAUGAAUCUGAAGACAAGGAAGGUGAGGAAGAAGAGGGCGGUGAAGCUGGAGAGGAAGGUGAGGAAGAGGAAGAGAAGAAGGAAGAAGAUGCCGCUGGAGAAGAGGCUGUAGAGCAGAAGAAGAAAGAUUAAGUUCUCUUUUCCUUGACUAUUUCAGGUUUCCCCCAAAUCAGGUCAACAAUCCCAACACUACACAAUCUGUUGAGCACUGAAUGCUGUAAAGAAUAAGAAAUCACAUAUUUACAAACAAACAACUAAUCUGAGAUGACUUAGAUCGAAAGUUAUUGUUGUGCUAAAUGUCUUCCCCUAUGCAAGAGUAUUUGGUGUGCUUCUUGAUAGCUUCCCUGGCUUGCUGCCAGACUGCGCAUGGUACAUGCUUAUGAAUUCUCGAUUGACGACAGUGCGGAUGAUUCAGACAUUUACAAUGGAAAAAAAACAUGAAUAAACAAACUCAUUGAUAUAAAUGUUAAACUUGAUGAAAAACAUAAUUAAUCUUUGGAAACCUUUGGUGGUUAGAAAACAAUGACCCUAAGUUAUGUGCAAUAACUAGCAAAUAAAGGCAUCCUGGAACAGCAUUAUCAUCCCUUGUUGUGGCUAUUGUGUGUUAAUUAAAGAAAGAUUCAAAUAUGCAUUCAAGUGAUGUGCAGCUGAUGAGUGAGAAGCCAGGCUACUGAUCUCAGAAUCUCAUGGUACCAAAAAAAAAAUUUCCCUUUUCUUAAAUAAUACAUUUAUCCCCAGUUGGUGCUUUCUAAGGAACUCAAAGCUUAAGUUAUCAUUCAGGAAUCUUGCCUAUUUCCCCCACCCUCUACCUCCUCCUUACCCUACUUCUCUCCACCUCAUAACAUUUCCCCAAUCCUUCCAAAUAUCAUCAGUAAUUAACAGAAAGAAUAAGAGUGGAAGCUCCUAGGGUUUGCUCUAGCAAUACCAAUGUCCUGGUCCCAGUACAAAGUCAUACAUUGUAGCUCAGGGAAAGGGUUUUAUGGUGACAUCUGUGAGAAGACAGACUUUUAAAUAGACCCUACUGAGCAAAUGGGCACAUGAGAUUGAACACCAGUGAAAGGUCACCAAUACAAAAUGAGUAGAGAGUACAUCUUAACGUGCCCCAGAGUAAAUAGCUUUUUUUAAAAUUUAAUUGGGCCAAAUGCAGCUAUGGUGGAGUAGAUGAUAAAAACUGAUCGUUAUUAUUUAUGGAAAAACAAGAUGACUAAAGAUAGGGAGAUCAGAAGGUAAACCCCCCUCUACUUCUUGCCUACAAACCUGAACCCAUGGUGAUUCUGGGUCUUCAGCUUAGUUCCUGGCCUCAUUGUUGCUGCCCUGAAAUUCCACAAAUCUCUUAGCUUUUAAAACACCUCAACAAACAAUUGAUACCAAUUGUAAAAACAACUAUUAGUGCCUAAGGGAGGCAAAUUCCAGCCCUCCAUGAGUUCCUUGGCAAUUACUUCUCAUAUCUCAAUUUGGAAAUCAAGAGGUUCAGAGGAUGAUUCCAAUUGGUUAAGAAUUUCAGUUAAAUAAAACAUUCAUAGCUGUUCAUGCCUAGCAUAUCCUAUGGAAUCUUGAUGCUUGUAUGGUAUCUUAAUCUGCUGUGGGUUAGAGCGGAAGUUCCUGAUUAUAUGUUUUUCUGCUUCUGUCUUCAAAAGCUGAUUUAUCUGCUGAUUUCCCCCCUCCCAUAUUUGUUACUCUGUAAUUGAUAUCACUUUGGGGGGGGGGAGGAAGCCAAUGCUUAUAUCUGCAUUUUAUCUGCCUUCAUUUAUAUACUGCACUGUGCUCUCACCUUUGAGACUCACUUCUAUCAGAUGUUUGAAAUUAAAACUGUUAGCAGGCAAAUGUAUUUUCUGUCAUGCUGUGGCUUUGAACCUGAAACAUGCAUUUUUUACAGGCUUCUGCAAAGAUAUCUCUAUGGAGAGAAACUAAACAUUUUGCAUUUUUGGUCUUGGAAAGCUGGUUUGGAGGUCUGAGUGCUGUUAAUAGCAAAGUGAUAUUAAAAGAAAAGAACUUUAACCCAAUAGAAACAGUGGGAUUUGGGAAUUGUUUGAAUCAAGUCUGAAAGCAAUGACACAUUGUAUCACCACCCCCCCCCAUCCUGUGUGCCACAAUAAAAAUACGUUAAAAAUA